UGAAAAGAAACAAAAAGAGAAGGAAUUGAAAAGGGUCGCGAUCUAUUGACGUAGAGAUUGGGAGGGGUGGGGUGAGAGAGAGACUGAAUUCCCGUUCCAAUAUUCCAUUGAACAGUACUACUCUAUUUGUUUUCUCGAAUUCCAACCAUUCCCUGCAAAUCCACCAUUAUAUCACUGCACCUUCCCCCUUUUCAUUCUCCAUUAUAAACAUAAGGAAAACGGACACCUCUCUCUUUCUCUUUUUCUCUCUUUCUCUCUCUCAGGAAAGCUCUCUGAUCCCUCUGCAUCCUUAAAUACUCAACUUCCCCUUUUCACUAACUUUUCCUUCAAAGCUUCGUCCCCAGAAAACUCUGUUAACUUCUUUUUCCUGCAUUUUUUUUUAUCUGACUACGAGUCUCUGCAAUUUCCUUACCUCUAUGUAUGCAUUUCCUCUUGUUUCCUAUCAACCCUAGAGGCAUCCCUACUAAAAAGCCUGUCUUCUCUCUCUGUCUAGGUCUCUCUCUCUGCCCCCCCCCCCCCUCUCUCUCUCUCUCUCAACACCCAUGCAGUGCAAAUCAUAAGCCACUCAUGAUAUAAUCACUAGUCACGAUUCAAAACUCAAAAAGCCAUUCCUUUUCACCUCUUCUCAUAUCCUUCAGAGUUUCAUCCCAUUUCUUUCUUUCUAUCUUUUCUUUUCCUUCUUUGUCUUCAGCCUCUAUGUAUCCCUAGUGGAGUUGAUUCAUCCUUCACUUCUUCUUUGAUUAGAAACCCAGUGGGUCUUUGACUAGACUACUUCCCCACGAUUCUUAUGUUCUUUAGCUCAAACCCUAUAAUGGGAACCACAUCACCCUUGCCUGAUCUCUCCUUGCAGAUCAGCCCCCCAUCCAUUUCAGAUUGUGAGGUGAAGGAAGUGGGCUAUGACGGUUUCAUGAAGAAAUCAUUCUACAGUGACAGGAGCUCAGCCACUGAUUCCGGAAGCAGCGGAAGUGACUUAAGCCAUGAAAACGGAUUCUUCAGCCCAGAGAGUGGUUUUAAUCGUGGACCUGUUGAGCCCAUGUUGAGCUUAGGUUUAGAGAUGGCAGCUCUAAAUCCUCCACCCCUAGAACUACCAAGAAACCUUCAUCAUAACCACCACAACCACCAACCUCAAAUCUACGGGCGUGAGUUCAAGAGAAAUUCAAGAAUGAUGAAUGGCAGCAAAAGAAGCAUCAGAGCUCCUAGAAUGAGAUGGACUACAACCCUCCAUGCCCAUUUCGUCCAUGCAGUCCAGCUUCUUGGCGGCCAUGAGAGAGCAACACCAAAAUCAGUCUUAGAGUUGAUGAAUGUGAAAGAUCUAACUUUAGCUCACGUGAAGAGUCACUUGCAGAUGUAUAGAACAGUGAAGAGCACUGACAAAGGAACAGGUCAAGGGCAAACAGAUAUGGGUUUGAACCAAAGGACAGGGAUCGGUCAAGUGGAGCUAGGAGGAUUAUCUUGUGAUAAAGCUGAUGCCACCCCUUCUUUUUCUUCCAAUACACCUCAACCUUCAACACCGCAAAAAAUCUCACGAUCCCGAGAUAGACUAGAAGUCAAGGACUUGGCUCAAAUCACAAUGCAGUUGCAAGGCAAGGGAUGCGAUAAUGUAGGCUUGUGCCUAGUUUAACUAGUAUUUAAUGUUCCUGGAUGGCUGGAUUACUUUGCUGACUUCAUUCACGGACGGCUACGGAUACCCUAUCAAAAAGAGGAUGACUUGGUCUGUGUGACCAAAUUUAAGUUUUGAACACUGAUCCGACCACUCCAUUUAUAUUAGCUUGGAUAUUUGAAAGCAUACACGCUCAUUUAAAUGCAAUGCUCAUUUAUGUCGUAUUAAAUUGGAUAAGACAGACUUUAUUUAGAAACUAUAGCAUUUUGAUGAAUAUUUGCUAACAGCUACCAUUAUUCCUGACUGAAAUUAACUCCAACUUUACCUACCACUGAAAGUUUCAAAUAAGGGUUUGCAAAGUUACUCUUGUUUCAAUAACUUCAAUUUUGUUGUACUCUAAUCUUGUUCUCUCGUUAACUUGG